AUGAUUAAGAAAGAGACUAUAUUCUCACACAAGUCUGUGCUGCGAAAGUUUACCUUUUAUUUUCUUUCUGCCGUGACAACCUUCUUUUCUUCAACUGUAGCAGAAGAACUUAGAAUGAAGACAAAGAAACAGUUGAAGAAAGAUACCACCUCUGAAAUAAAAUCUUUGGUAGAUGAGGUCCAGAGUUAA